AUGAUCAUUCAUAAUUUCUAUUUUGAUAUAGAUUUUGAUGGCAUUCAAUGGGGUAACAAUUGUAAUGAAUUAAAUGCGUCUUAUGCUGCUGAUGGUUAUGCUCGUAUGCGAGGCAUUGGUGUUCUUGUCACAACAUUUGGUGUUGGUGAACUCUCAGCUAUAAAUGGUAUUGCUGGUUCGUAUGCUGAAAUGGUAUCAGUGGUACAUAUUGUUGGAACACUUCCAACUGCAUCACAAGCUAGUGGUGCCAUUCUUCAUCAUACACUUGGUAAUGGUGAUUUCCUGAUUUUUGCAAAUAUGUAUAAAGAAGUUACAAUUGCUCACACCAAUUUAACCAAGACAAAUGCGAUCGAAGAGAUCGACCGUGUUCUUAAUGAAUGUUUAAAUAAAAGUCGGCCAGCCUAUAUCGGUUUAGCUGUAGAUCUAAGUGAUCACGAAAUCAAUGUUGAUCCAUUAUCCAUUGAACCACUCAAACGAUCGCUUGUGCGCAAUCCAAGAGAUGUUCACUGA